AUGCCUAUGCAGCGCAUCGACCCUUUGGAUGUGAGCGACAUCGACGGCGCGGUGGCGAGGCAACCUGCGAGGCGAAACACGUCCCACCACCCCUUCAAUUCGAAUGCGGAUAUCGCUGCCACAACGCCCCAGCCCCGACGCCUCCCGACGAGCCGCUUGACCAAUCCACUUGAGCCCGACUACUCGCUGCCGACGUUUGUGCCGGCGCCGGAAACAGAGUCGUCCAAGCCUGCCCGUGACGUCUUGUUCACGCUCGAGCAGCCGCCGCGGCGUGUCUCGGCGACGCGGGACCUGAUGGACUGGUCAGACGUGACGCAGGCAGAGAGCAGGCACGGUCGCAAGAUUUGA